CCAGAGUCUCUUGAGGAGCUGGAGGCUUAGAGUGCUAUGUGUGACCUCCAAUCAAGGCAGAGACGCUCUCACAGAAGAAAACCUUCCUUCCAUUUGAAGCCAGAUUCCAAAUGAAUUCAAGAAAUGUGUCUCCGUGGUUAUUUAAUGGAACAAUAUGCAUGAUGCCUUCCAUUUCCUGUAAAGCUGCUUUCCUUCACUCUACGCCUGAUGGAAGUAGGACAUCGCAGAACAUGCUGUUUGAGUUCACGUCCCCACGACCUUUAUUUUGGGGGAAUUUCUGCCGACCCUCCUCCAACCCUACCAGCAAGAAUAUGAUCUGUUUUUGCAGCCCCUCGUGCCCCCUCCCUUCCUCCGCUCCAUCCCCCUCCUCCUACACCUCUGUGGUGGUCCUGGACUUUCAGAGUCAGCAUCUUUCCCCAGGAGUCUGGAGCGACACGACGUGGACCAUGAAUCUGCUGGGGCUGUUGGUGUCUGUGCUGCGUGUCCUGUCCGUCAGUGAUGUGUGUGUGAGUUUUGUGUACGGCCGACCCAGACGCUCAGGCGAGGAGGGGGCCUCUGCCAGGACAGAGGGCGGCUCCAGUGGCCACGACUCUUCCGGCUCCUGCAGACACAGAUGCUUCGAGCUGGUCGAAGCGCAGCCGCCGGGCUGUCGCUGUGACAACCUGUGCAAGACGUACAACGGAUGCUGCUCCGACUUCGACCAGCUUUGUCUCCGCACAGACGGAGGCUACGAGUGCAGCAAGAGCCGCUGCGGCGAGCGUCGGCUGGAGCAACACGCCUGCCACUGCUCGGACGACUGCCUCGCCCUCGGAGACUGCUGCACCAAUUACAGAAGCCUGUGUAAAGGAGACACGACUUGGCUGCAGGACGACUGUGAGGAGGUGAAGAGUGCGGACUGCCCUGCUGGGUUCGUGCGUUCCCCCCUCAUCAUCUUCUCAGUGGAUGGAUUUCGAGCGUCGUACAUGAAGCGUGGCAGCGCAGUCAUACCCAACAUUGAAAAACUGAGAACCUGUGGAACCCAUGCUCCGUACAUGAGGCCCGUGUACCCGUCCAAAACCUUCCCCAACCUCUACAGCCUGGCUACGGGUCUGUAUCCAGAGUCGCACGGGAUUGUGGGUAACUCCAUGUAUGAUCCUUUGUUUGACGCCACUUUCUCUCUGAGAAGCAGGGAGAAACUUAGUCACCGGUGGUGGGGCGGGCAGCCAAUCUGGAUCACCGCAGCUCAGCAGGGGGUGAAGGCUGCCAACUUCUUCUGGCCGGUCGGGAUCCCCAUGGAGAGGAGGAUCCUCACGAUGCUGCAGUGGCUGCACCUGCCUCCAGAGGAGCGGCCGUAUGUCUUCGCUGUUCACGCAGAACAACCGGACACGUCGGGACACAAAAUGGGGCCGUCCAACAGCGAGCUGGACGGCCCUCUGCGGGCAGUGGACCGAGUCCUGGGCCAGCUGAUGGACGGACUCAAGCAGAUGAAACUCCACCACUGCGUCAACGUGGUGGUGGUCGGGGAUCACGGAAUGGAGGAGGCCCACUGCGAGCAGACCGAGUACCUCAGCACCUACCUGACCAACGUGGACGACAUGGUCCUCAUCCCUGGCUCCCUGGGCAGGAUCAGGCCCAGACCUGGCAGGGGCUCCAGAUUCCACCCUGAAGCCAUCGUUGCCAAUCUCACCUGCAAGAAGCAGAGCCAGCAUUUCAAGCCGUACCUGAAGCAGCACCUGCCCAAGAGGCUGCACUACGCCAACAACAGGCGGAUCGAAGAUGUUCACCUGCUGGUGGAGCGACGCUGGCAUGUGGCGCGGAAAGCGCCAGAAGGGCGGCGUCAGUGUGGUUUCGCUGGGGAUCACGGCUACGACAACAAGAUGAACAGCAUGCAGACAGUUUUUCUGGGCUUGGGACCAGCGUUUAAACACAAAACCAAAGUUCCUGUGUUUGAAAACAUCGAGCUUUAUAACAUGAUGUGCGACCUUCUGGGAGUCAAACCUGCCCCCAACAAUGGAACCCAUGGGAGCCUGAACCACCUGCUGAGGAACCCUCCGCACAGGCCUGCUCCUCCUGAAGAGGCUUCACGCCCCACGGCCUCCAGUGUGGCUAACCUGAGGACGGAUGACAUCAGCUGCAUGUGUCACAGCAAGAACCAAGUGGAAGAGCUUAAUCAGAGACUGAGACAAGCUCUCGAUGACAGCAGGAACCUGCCGUUCGGCCGACCCGCGCUGCUCUUCAGCAGCAGGUACUGGCUGCUGCGCCACAGUGACUUUGUCAGCGGCUACAGCGAGGAGCUGCUGAUGCCUCUGUGGACGUCCUUCACCGUGGGCCGGCAGACCACGGCGUCCGUGUUGCCGGAGUCACUGUCCGCCUGCCUGCUGGCCGACGCCAGGGUCCCCGCAGGCUCCGCCCCUUCCUGCAGCAGCUACAGGAGGAUCCGGCCCCUCGUCCACGCCUUCCUCUACCCGCCAGAACUGUCCUCCAGCACCGACAGGAAACGAGAAGCGCUGCUGGUCACCAACUCCGCCCCCAUGUACCCGGCGUUCAAAAGAGUGUGGCUCUACAUCCAGCAGGUGCUGCUGAGGAGGUUCGCCAGUGAGAGGAACGGAGUCAAUGUUGUCCUGGGGCCCGUGUUCGACCACGACUGCGACGGCAUCAGGGACCCCACUGAGAGAAUCAAAGAGCACGCCAGCGGACCGCUGCCCAUCCCGACUCACUACUUCCUGGUGCUGACCAGCUGCUUGGACUUCACCCAGUGUGCUGACUCAUGCGGGGGCCCACUUCACGCCACAGCCUUCCUCCUGCCCCACAGACCCACCAACGAGGAGACCUGCAACAGCUGGGAGGACGAGUCGCGCUGGGUGGAGGAGCUGAUGAAGAUGCACACAGCACGGGUGCGGGACGUGGAGCUCCUGACUGGUCUGGACCUCUACCGCAGGACUGCGCUGAGCUACACUGAAGUCCUCUCUCUGAAAACAUACCUGCACACGUACGAGAGUGAGAUCUGAUCACGGCACCGUCACUGUGACUGGUGGAUCGAUCCAGUUUUCUACACUGGAACAUGCGUCUGUAGUGUUGGAUUCUUUUCUCCACCACUGUAUCGAGGACCUGCAUUAGAUAUACAAAUGAAUAUAGACUCUUAAAGUGUGUGGAAGAGUAAAGCAAUGUAGACAGAAGAAGUGAAAACACACAAGCGAGAACCACUAAAUCCAGCCACUGCCAGGUGUGGCCAGAAUCACAGUUAGAAACUGAGUCUCGACUCAGCAAGAGACUUGGAUGGAGGAUUCAGGAGCUGUUGAUGUUUGUUGUUGAACUAAAGAGGU